UGAGGUUAAAACAUUCUCGCCCGCCCCAAAAACAACUCCUCCUCCUCCUCCUCCUCCUCCAUCACCCAUGAAAUCCCGGUCAUCACCAGAAAGAAGAAGGUUUUCGAUUUUUACUCGCAAUUUUAAGCUCCCACGAACGUUCUGGCUUGGAGCUGCUGAACGGCCAGGUGACUCACAACCAAAGUCCUACUCCGCUGCAUCACCGUCGUCGUCAUCAUCAUGACCUCAACCAACGCAAACACGGGCGCGCUGGACAACCUGCAUCUGGCGCCGCUUCGAUCGUUGAGCGACUUUCUCAUGGAAUCGGCCCGCUUUCAGUUGCCCAACUUCCAGGACUGGGAGAAGUGGGGCAAUCGGGUGGUCAGCAAUCUACUGUACUACCAAACCAACUACUUCCUGAUGAGCGCGGCCGUCUUUCUGCUCGUUGGUUUGCUUCAUCCCAUGAAGGUUCUGCUCGGACUAACGGUCAUCGUUGCUCUGGUGUACGUGUUUGUGCGGUUCUUUGCUCAGGAUGCUCGCCGUUCCGUGGGUGCCGAUCCGAACCAGCUACCGAACAAGUGGGCCAUCCUUGCGGGAACACUGGGCGGGGGUUAUUUCGUCCUGUAUCUCUUCGAUUCCGUGCUGAUUGUGGCAUUCGCUGUACUGCUUCCGUUUGUUUUGACCUUCGUCCAUGCAUCGCUGCGACUGCGUAACAUCAAGAACAAGAUUACGAAUGCUGUGGAGAUCGUUGGUGUGAAGCAGUCACCGAUGGGCCAAUUCCUGGAGGCGAUGGGCAUGAUGCCAACGGCUUUUUAAACGAUGGGACGGUCGUAACUGCGGCACGCUCCUGCUAGACGCCGGAGGCUUCUUUAUUUUCUUACGUGGCUACAACGGUCAACUGCACGAGCGGAGCUACUCAAAGGAUGGUACAAACAAACCCGACCGAGCCUACUUCGAUGCCCUCUGGUCCAUGUUUUGAAGGAUUCGUUGUUACUGCGUUUUGUGAUUAAGCAUUUCGAGGAGAGAAAAGUUUUAAAUUUUAGCAAAGAGUGCCACGCGACACAAAGAGAAUGAAUAUGCCGUGAUAAAUUAAGCGUGUCCCCCA